AUGACGAGAAACCGAGCAGAGACCGCCGCACCCCUACUCACCGUACGAAACGGAGCGGACAUGGGAUCCUCUCUAGACGGCCAAGCUGAAUCCUCCGAGCGGCCCCCACCGCCCUCAAUACGUUUCAUCCCCCACCACGACCCGCGCGCCAGCAGACCCUCCCUCGUCUUCCCCACAAUCUCUCGAACCCUGCCAAACGGCGACGCCGUGAUCCGCGUAGGGCGCUACUCCGAGCGCGACAACGCGCCCGAAAUACCACCAAACACACCCUCAGCCGCUCCUGUGGGCUUCAAGUCCAAAGUCGUCAGCAGAAGACACUGCGAGUUCUGGUGCUCGAACUCGCAGUGGUACAUCAAGGACGUGAAAAGCUCAUCUGGCACCUUUCUUAACCAUAUCAGGUUGAGUCAGCCGGGGGUGGAGUCGCAGCCGUACCCUGUCAAAGAUGGGGAUGUGGUGCAGCUUGGUAUUGAUUUUCGAGGCGGUGAGGAGAUGAUCUUUAGAUGCGUCAAGAUAAGGAUAGAGUGUAAUAGGGGUUGGCAGCAGAGACUAAAUACAUUCAACAAAUCAACACACGACCAGAUCCGCGCCCUAGCGAAAGGCGGGAGAAAGGACAGGAGUAGCGACACCUCCUCCACUCACAGCUCCGAAUGCGCCAUCUGCCUAAACUCAAUAGCACCCUGCCAGUCGCUCUUCGUAGCACCCUGCUCGCACGUCUGGCACUACAAAUGCAUCCGCCCCGUCCUCACCGGCUCAAGCUGGCCGCACUUCCUGUGUCCCAACUGCCGCGCGGUCGCGGACCUCGAAGCCGACGUCGAAGAAUACGACCUGGAAGAAGAGGAGUUCGAAGAACGAGUUGAGGCAAUGAUAGAGCAGUCGAGACGAGAGAGCGAAGGCGGCCAGCUCACUCCUCGGGCAUCGCAAGCUCCGCUCACGAAUGGUCGCGUGCAGUCCCCCAACACAGAGGUCGACACUAGUAUCAUGGACCUAGAGGAACAGAUGAACGGGGUCUCGCUCCGGGAUCACGACGCAGACGAUCUUACUUCGGAAAAUGGGUCAGUGACAGUGCAGCCGCCGCUGGAGUCGUUCUCGACGUCGCGACCUAUUUCCAUUGGCUCGCUGGGCAAUGCGCUCGAGCUUCAGCAUGUUCGUUCGGGCGUGGAACUUCCUAUGACGCCUCGUAAUGAGGCUGGACCGUUUGUCUUUGACGGCAGCGCGGGUCGCGGCAGGAGGGAGAUGGCUCUUGAUGCCGACGAUGAAGAUGCCUAUCCCACGGUUAAUGGAUAG